AUGUCUAUGCCCGUUACCAGCGCUGAUCUACUGCAACGGCCACUGUCUGAUAUCAGUGUUGGACCGAACUGUACGCAGUCGGAUGCUAUUCACGAUAUCAAAUACGUCGGACCCCUACGUCGUUGGGCGACCUUCGAACCAGGCUGUGCUGAUCAAUUGCAACCAGGGCAAAGGUGCGUCCACAAGCAGCGCAAAGAUGUUGGCAAGACAGACACCACCGUCUACGGCAUCUCCAGCGAUGCUAUGAACUUGGCGUUUACGAAGCUCGACAAUGAGUCUCGGCCGUUUAAACUAGUCGGUGUCGUUGGAAAUGGGUUCGAACAAGUCCUUAGUCUGCUAGUAUACCUGAUGAAGAAAGCGGCCUCAAUGUCACCCGCCUCCUCCAAACGCACAUCUCGCCGGACACAACAAGGAUCAGGGGAGUCUGAUCUAACCUUCGACCAUAACCCUAGGAUAGAUGAUAAGAUAGAUGUUAAAUGA